AUGGACUGGGGAGGUGGGUUGGCGGCCCGCAGGUGCCUCCUGCACGGCUUCUCGGUGUUCCUCUGUGGCGUCGUCGUCCUCCAGCCGGCAGGUAAACGGAGCGGGCGAGGGGCGUCGCUGCUGCAGCUGCUGCCUCCUCUAAAGGCCGCUUGGCAGCCGCAGGGCGACUCGCGCCGUGAGUUCGGCUCCUGCUUGGGGGAGAGAGCGCGGAGGUCGCUCUCGCCCCGGGGGAAACAAGUGGAAACUCCUGGAUGUAGGGGAGAGCUAGUAGGGGAGCCUUGGAGAAGCGAGUUUUGUGACAAGGGGCGAGGCGGACGCUAACUAACGAGAGAAAGGCGGACUAAGGGGGACACUUGUUUGGAGCAGAGGAGGAGGAAGCGGGCGCUUUGAAAUUGCUCCUCCGUGGAAAGCCCAGCUCCUCCUUGCGCCUCUUCCUCGCGGAAAUGGUGCCCACUAGGCUCGACAUGCAGCUGUGCUUUUGAGACUAGGGAGUUUUCUCUACGUAUUUCUGGGGCACGGAUUAGAGCCAUAACGCGUGUGGAAGGAGAGAGAAACCCUUAACGGAAUCCACAUUGGACACCCGGCGUCUUCAGCUUGCAUUGGGGAAGCGGGAGAAACCACCAGCUGGUUUCAACCGGAGUUUCCCCCUAGGUGUGCUAAUUUCUAGCGCUUGAGGAGAAAUCCCUGAGAGCGGUGUUAAAUCAUAGAAUCAUAGAGUUGGAAGAGACCACAAGGGCCAUCGAGUCCAACCCCCUGCCAAGCAGGAAACACCAUCAGAGCACUCCUGACAUAUGGUUGUCAAGCCUCUGCUUAAAGACCUCCAAAGAAGGAGACUCCACCACACUCCUUGGCAGCAAAUUCCAAUGUCGAACAGCUCUUACUGUCAGGAAGUUCUUCCUAAUGUUUAGGUGGAAUCUUCUUUCUUGUAGUUUGGAUCCAUUGCUCCGUGUCCGCUUCUCUGGAGCAGCAGAAAACAACCUUUCUCCCUCCUCUAUGUGACAUCCUUUUAUAUAUUUGAACAUGGCUAUCCUCCUCUUCUCCAGGCUAAACAUGCCCAGCUCCCUCAGCCGUUCCUCAUAAGGCAUCGUUUCCAGGCCUUUGACCAUUUUGGUUGCCCUCCUCUGGACAUGUUCCAGUUUGUGGUUUCCCCCCUUUUCCAUUUUUUGUACACAUCCUUUUUUAAUCUUAACUCAGUUAAAAGUUCUUUAGAUAGCCACCCUGGCUUCUUUAGGCACCUUCCAUGUUUCCGUCUCAUUGGUAUUGCCUGAAGUUGUGCUUUUACUAUCUCCCUCUUAACAAACUCCCAGCCAUCAUGAACUCCCUUUCCUUUUAGUAUUACUGUCUAUGGCAUCCGCCAACCAGCUGCGUUAGUCUGGAUCUGCAGGGGGCACGUUAUUAUUAUUAUUAUUAUUAACUACUUUUUUUAAAAAAAUAAAUUUUAUUAGUAUUUUCCACACAACAACAACAACAACAACACGAAAGAUAACAAAAAAUAACAGUACACAACACACAAAAAUCAACAUUCGAAAACUAAAGAAAGCAACAACAACAAAAACAAACAAACAAAAACAAAUCCAUAUCUUACAAGUUAAUGUUAUAAACACUAAAACAACAACAAGUCAUUGACUUCCACCAUUCCCACAGCACCUCCUUUAUCUCUCAUUGUGUCUUCCUGUUUUCUUUAUCAUCUCUAUCCUAACAUCUAGAUAUAAAUCCUUCUUUCAUAUCGUUUCACUUCACCUUAUUAUUAUUAACUAAAUUUCUAUAUUGUACUGCCCUUCAUCCGAGGAUCGCAGAGCAGCUUACAACAUAAAAACGCAAAAAUACAUAACAUAGUAACAAACUAAAGCAAUAACCCCCUCACAGGUCAUAUAGAUGGUUUAAAUAGCCAAAGGCAUGGGAGAAGAGGAAUGUUUUUGCCUAGCACAUGGAUGGAGCUACGGAGUGGGUAAAACAACAGAAAUACUUAACUGAGCAAUCGCGUUGGUUCUGCCCCCUAACAAAAGUCCUGCUCCCCAACACAAAUCCUGGCUAUGCCCAUAGCCUGGCACCUAAAGAUAUGUCACAAAGGCACCUGGCAAGCCUUCCUGGGGAGAGCAUUCCACAAGUGGGGAACCACCACAGAAACGGCCUGUUGCCAACCUCCACACUUCUCACAGAGGGGCACACAAAGAAGGGCCACAAAUGACAAUCAUAGGGUUUGGGUUGGUUCAUAUGGGGAUAGGCAGUCCUUGAGGUAUUUCAGUCCUGAGCCAUUUAAGGCUUUAUAGGUCAAAACCAGCACUUUGAAUUGGGCCCAGAAACUAAUUGGCAGCCAGUGCAGUCGGGCCAGGAUCAGUAUAAUAUGCUCAAACUGUCUUGCCCUGGUGAGCAGCACCUGGGAUUUCUGAACCAUCCUCAGAGGCACUCCCACUUAUAACAUGUUGCAGUCAUCUAACCUAGAGGUUACUAGAGCAUAGGCAACAGAAGUUAGGCUUUACCUGUCCAGACAGGGGGCGCAGGUGGGCCAACUGUAGGAGCUGAUGGAGGUCACUCUGUGCCACUGGGGCCACCUGAGCCUCAGGUGACAGCAGUGAAUCCAGAAGCACCUCCCUUCAGAGGGAGUGUAACCCCAUCAGGAGUUUUGGCAAUUUGUGUGAAAAUGAACAAGCCUUCAUUCCUGGCUAAAAUUUGGCCCUUUGGCAUGCUGUUGACUUUCCAGAAGCCCUAACUCAGCAACAGGAAAUUCUCUGGCCUCUAGAUGGCACUGUGAAUCCCAGAAAAGCAGUUCAAGUUGAGAAAGAGAAAGAAGAAAAACAGUUUUUAAAUUAAAAUAACCCUCAAGUCAGAGCAACAGCCUAAUAACAGUUAGUGACAGGACAUCAGCUUGAUCUUUUCAUUGCUAAAAACCAUAUAGGCUACACAAACAUAAAUGAAAUAUAGAAAAAGAAAGGGAUCCUCAACAUUUUGCCAUUGUCUAUCCUAAAAUAUUAUUGACUGCCCAUUCCUUAGUGUUAAAGAUUAGAGCAAAGCUCACAGGUGAAAUAUAGGAGACUAUGGUUUAAGUUUUUGGUUUUUUGGCCCCAUUUUACUACCAGGAACCCUGCUGCUGGCUUCUACUGGAGGGUCAGGUUAGUUGAAUCCAACCCUAUAUUUCUAAAAGGGUCAUUCCACACCAAAUCACCUGGUGCCAUGUGCUCUCACGACUUAGAUUUUCUUCAGGGUUUUUUUGUUAUGUGUAGAUACCUAUGAGAUAACCUCAAAUUAUUUUUAAAAUAUUUUUUGGUCUAAAAUUGGGGGCAGGAUAAUUUUUUGAAAAUUUCAAUUUUCACGCGAUUUAGGCGGGUGGUGCUGUGGUCUAAACCACAGAGCCAGGUCUUGCCGAUUGGAAGGUCGGUAGUUCGAAUCCCCACAAUGGGGUGAGCUCCCGUUGCUCGGUCCCUGCUUCUGCCAACCUAGCUGUUCGAAAGCACGUCAAAGUGCAAGUAGAUAAAUAGGCGGGAAGGUAAACAGUGUUUCCGUGCACUGCUCUGGUUUCGCCAGAAGCGGCUUAGUCAUGCUGGCGACAUGACCUGGAAAAGUGCCUGCAGACAAAUGCCAGCUCCCUUGGCCAGUAAAGCGAGAUGAGCGCCGCAACCCCAGAGUCGUUCACAACUGGACUUAACUGUCAGGGGUCCUUUACCUUUUUAGGCUAAUGCAAUUUCUCUGUCAGUUUAGAAAAAAACCUCCUGUUUCACUUAUUUUUUAACCGAUUGGGCCUAUUUUGGUAUCAAAAUAAAGGUAAUUGUGGUCUCUUUCAAAAUAAGGUAUCAAAAUGGCAUUAAGUGCCACAGGAAAGGGUCACUGACUAUUUUGUUAUUUUGUUUCCCAUACAUGUAAUAUGGGCAGUGAUGAAUCAUAGCCUCCUACUUUAGAAAGGUCAAAAGACUAUUUGCAAUAAUGCUAUUUUUUUUUUAUUUACAAAGAAUCUCUGAAAGUGACAAUGGAAAGUCGGAUGGUGGCAGUCUUGGAUACAGAUGUGAUGAUACCAUGUGAGAUUUCUGAAUACAGUACUCCAGAGCUAAAGAUUGCAAAAAUUGCUGUUGAGUGGUAUUGGAAGCCUUCUUCCAAGGAAGCGGAAAAUAUAGUAUACACCAUUGUUUCUGGAGUGCCUAAAUCUUAUAGAAACGGUGCAAGAAUGGAUGAAAGUGAACUGAUAAAAGGCAAUGCUGCACUUUACCUCCCCCAAAUACAGAUUAGUGAAGAAGGAAUAUACAGUUGUUCUGUGACUGUUACCCCAGAUUCAAAUGAAGGAACCACUGUUGUAGAGCUAAUUGGUAAGUAUUUAUGUUGUACAAGUUUGUAGAAAACUUACAGAGAAUGAACUUGUACAUUUCAGAAUUUCCCAGUAGCUUUAAGGUCUAACUAAGCAUUAUAUAAGGAAAUGUAUGUGAUAUCACCCAUCUUUAGAGAAAAGUCACUUUGCAAGACAGUAAUUUAGAACAGAGAACUAUGGGGGUGCGAGAAGCAUGCUUAAUCCUUUCCCCCAAGCACCAAAAUACAUUCCAAGCUGCUUCAGCCUCCCCCUCCCCCAGGAGAUGCAGGUUUGGAACCGUGUAGGGGUGGUUUGGUACAGCGAGAGAAAAGGAAAGUGUUAAACUUCUACCAACCUUUCUUAACUAUAAAUCACCUGCUUGGGAAUCAUGGAACUCUAGAACUGUAGAGUUGGAAUGGGAUCCCAAUGGAAUCUCAACUAGAUCAUACAUGGCAGAUGGCUAUCCAAUCUCUGCUUUAAAACUUCCAAAGAAGGAGAGUCUGCUGCCUUCCAAGGGAGUCUGUUCUAAUGUCAAACAGCUCUCAGAAGCGUAUCUCUUUUUUAAAAAAGUCACUUUGUGUUAUGGAAAGGUAUAGCUGACUCUUAAAAGUUUUGCUAAGCAAUUUCUUAUAUACCAAAUGGGACCUGCCACAAAACGUUGUAUUGUGGAGUGCUCCCACUAAGGCCUCCAGACACUCAGGUGGUAUCCAAGAUAUCCCAUUGCAUUCUCUCUUCAUCACCCCAAUUUUUCAUGCUCCCCAUUCCCAACAGGUUGUCAGUAUUUUGUGGCUACUAAGCAUGCUCUUUUUUGGGGGGGGGAUGCCUCCUUAGAUUUCCCCCUGUGGUUGUUGUUUUACUUCUGCCUGCUACUAUCUCCUCCUUGUGUCUUAGUAGCCUUGUUUUGGUGUUGUCACUCAACACCUGAGCUCUAGUCGACAGACUGAUAUUAUCAUAUAUAUUUGAAACACUUGAAGCCAAAGAAUUGGCUGGUUAGUUCAAAUGAAUCUUUGAAAGUUAAGUCCACUCCCAUUGCCUUCUUUGCCCUCACUGCGCUUUUAGAAUUGCCAGAUCACAAAAGCUACACUAACAAUAGAAGCUGCCACUGACAUAAUUAUCUUCUCAGGGUCUAGGUUCUAAAUUGUAAUAAUUCUAUAUAUAAGUAUAUAUAUAUGUAUGUAUGUAUGUAUGUAUGUAUACCUGUAAAAUUUCUUCUGUAUCCUUCAGUGUCAAAAUGCUAUGAAGGCAGCUUAACUACUUAAACAAUACAAUGAUAAAUAAAGAGCAACAAAAAUAACAAAGCAGAGGAAGAAAAAAAUACCUUCAUAUCAAUGGUGGAAAAAAAUAAACCAGCUGGUAUUUUGAAGGACCUGGGAACAUAAAAUGCCCCUCCAGGUCCGUCAUUUACCUUUCUGCUUUUUCUAUCCAGUUGUGCAGAGUCGUUUGUAACUCUAGUUUUGCCCAGUUUUGGUAUUCUCCUGGACUCCUUUCUUCAGCUCUUUGCCUCCACCAUUAUUUCCCCCCAAGUUCCUUCUUGUUCAUUUUUAUUACAACCAAGGCUCUUGACCAGCCUUCUUAGUAGGCUUCCCCCCUUCCCACCCAUAGCACACAGCUCCUCUUGACCCACAAAACACCUUCUUCAGGACUUCUCUUCUGUGCCUCUUGCCCCAGCCUUCUCCUUCUGCUUAAAAACCCUCACCCCAGGUUUUUAAUUUAGACCAUGUCCUUCUGAGAAAUCAGGAGUAUGAACUAUGACUUUCACUUCACUUUCAACCAGCUUUUGUCUGAAAAACUGUAUAAAAAUGCAGUAAAAACAGAAAAAAUGACACUUUUUAUUAUCUCCAUGCAGCUCAACCUUCAGUAAAGCUGUCUCCCAGGACAGUUGAACUAGAAGACGGCAAGGAGAAGACCCUGUCAUGCACAGUGAAUAAAUUCUAUCCUCUUUUGAUUGAGGUUCAUUGGGAGAAAAAAUCUGAACGCGGCAAUAAUGAAGUUGUACCUGCAGAUGAUAUUUGCACAGGGGUACCUGUGAAAAAUGGAGAUGGCACUUUCAAUGUAACCAGUAAACUGGGGCUACAACCAUCUUUACGGGAUAAUGGAAAUGUCUAUAGUUGUGUUGUGGGACACAAAUCAUUUUCCAUACGGCAGGCCUUCAAUGCCACUUUGAUAGUAACAGGUAUUCCUUCUGUUGACUUUUUCUGCCUGUGUGUGUGUGUGUGUGUGUGUGUAUAAUAGUGGGUCACAUCCAACUGGUGUACUUCCAUGAGUGUAGGGGCUUUUGAUCCAGAAGGGGAGAGGAUAUUUGCUCACACACCCUGGAGCCUUCAGCACCUUCCACUAAUUCUGCCCAAUGUUUUGAAAUGUAGCUUUCUCCUUUCUCCAAAGAUUCAUAUUGUACUUACAAAUGCAUUAGUCUUUGGGACUUCCAUGCUAGGGCAUCACAAGGAAAGGGAUAAAAUAUAUUGUAAUGCCUUUAUACAAAUCUAUGGGAAUACUGUGCACAGUUCUAGUCGCUGCAUCUCAAAAAGAUUAUUGUGGAGCUGGAAAAGGUGCACAAAAAGGGCAACCAAAAAUGAUAUUAGGGAUGGAACAACUCCUUAGUGAGAAAAGGUUAUGGCACUUGGGGCUUUUUAGUUUUUUUUUAAAAAAGGCAAAUAUGAGGAAGGGACAUGUUAGAAUUGUAUAAAAUUAUGUGUGAUAUAAUUAUCUGGGAUGUGGGUGGUGCUGUGGGUUAAACCACAGAGCCUAGGACUUGCUGAUUAGAAGGUCGGCGGUUUGAAUCCCCACGACGGGGUGAGCUCCCAUUGCUUGUUCCAUUCUCCUGCCAACCUAGCAGUUCGAAAACACUUCAAACGUGCAAGUAGAUAAAUAGGUACCGCUCUGGUGGGAAGGUAAAUGGUGUUUCCGAGCACUGCUCUGGUUCGCCAGAAGCGGCUUAGUCAUGUUGGUCACAUGACCCAGAAGCUGUAUGCCGGCUCCCUUGGCCAAUAAAGUGAGAUGAGUGCCGCAACCCCAGAGUCGGUCACAACUGGACCUAAUGGUCAGGGGUCCCUUUACCUUUACCUUUAUGUGUGAUAUGGAUGGAAGUUAGUUCUCCAUUAACACAAUCUGGGAUCAUCCAGUCAAGUUGACUGGUGAGAGGUUCAGGGCAGACAAAAAGAAGUACUUUUUCAUGCAACAUAUGCUUAACUUACAGAAUUCACUGCCAUGUGGUGGUCUGUUGAUGACCAUUAGCUUAGAUGGGUUUACAGUGUGAUUGGACACAAUUGUGGACUGUAAGCCCACCAAUGGCUACCUCCAAAAUCAGAGGUAGCAUGCCUCUGAAUAUAACUUUCUGGCAAACAACAAUAUGAGAGGUCUUUAUGUCCACUUUGGAAACCUUAUAGUCAUGCUAGACCAGAUUAGUCUUUCGGCUUCUCCAGCAGGACUUUUCUUAUGUGCAGUUGGAAUAAAUGAGGCUAAAAUAACUUUGCCAUGAUUGAGUAGCUGAAUAUGAAAUAUUACUUCUCAUCAAAAGGUUGCAACAAGGCUGAAACAUUUUGCUAUUUUGUGUGAUAAGUAACAAGAACAAUUUCUCUCUCUUUACAGAACCACCACCAAAUUUUACCUGGUUGGCUGUGAUACUUGUUUUAUUAUUACUUGGUGUGAUUCCUGUAAUUCUGUACAUAAUGUACUUUAAGAAAAGUAAGUAAUGGGAAACAUUUAAUUAAUUGAUUAUUUAAUUUUUUCAGUUAAGAGAAUUCUAUACUAUUCAUCAAAUGUGGUUAAGGGUGGUUUACAAAAAUAGAUUAAUAUGAAACAUAAUACAUGCACAUAUUCAUUAUUAUUAAAGUAAAAUUAGUAUUUUUGUGAAAUCUUAAUCUUUGGUAAACUUAGGUCUGAAAUGACAGUAUUCAAAAAAUCCUAAGCACCAGUACACCAGGCACCAAAAAAUCUCCUUGCCUGUGGUUAAGAAUUUUGACUAAGUUUUCUUUUAAGUGGCUAAGAUUUCUUUGCUGAAUCAAUUGGGGAAGGGCCAUAACUCAGUGAUAGAACAUCUGUUUUGCAUGCAAGAGGUCCUAACUGGUUAGUUCUAGCUUCAGCACUAUCUUGGAGAUGAAUGGCUGUCAGUGACAGAGUGGUGGCCCUAUGCCCCAGAUUUAUCUGCUCACUAGAAAAGACUCAUGGAGUCUAUACAACUGAAGCUACUAUUUGACAUUGCAAGUACUCAACUAGCAACCAAUAACAUCCACAUGAAGUAUGUCCUGGAAUAGACCCUGAAGGUCAUUUAGUCCAAGCCCCUGUCACAGAUAAAGCACUCUUUCUCAGCUCUUUUGCUUCAUUCUACAUAAUACAGAAAUAGCACACUGCAAGAUUCUUAAUUCAGGACUACAAAGCUAACCAAAAUACUUGGGUGGGAUAUGUACAAAAGGAAUAAGAAGGAAUGCUUAAUCUGUGGCUACCCUGCACUGAACAGGGAGUUGGACUGAAUGACCUUUAAGGUGUUAAGGAAUAUAGCUAGUAUGUUAAUUUCAUUAGUGAGGGAAAAGCUGACUCACUGAUUCAUUUACAAAAUGCACUUGGCUCAAUUUGACUUCUUUAUCAAUUUACUGGGCAGAUUUGGUUGCCCAGUCUUAUUCCAGGACACGUCCUCUUUUUCAGGGGUAAAAUUUCUGUCCGGGUAGAUUUUUUAAAUUUGCCCAAAUGUCUCUGGCUAUACUUUCUGGAUGAGACAUAGACUUGCUUUCCUUUUCUCUUCUCCUGUCCCCCUCAGCAAUAUAUCACAGCUUCUAUAUCCUACAUAUAGUAGAGAUAUUUAAAACAAGUCGUCAUAGCGUCCUCUUUGUUGCUCUUCAAAAUAUGGCUAACUUAGUAAGCAUGCUACUAUAUGUAUAAAAGGGCUCGGAUUAGAGAAUUGGUUGUGGGUCAGUGGCUGUUAUCAGGAAGGGAUGGAUCAUUGUGAAACACUUUGAGGAGAGCUCAUCUGAAAAGAAGGCUGGCAUGUGGAUUUUGCUCAGCAAGGAUUUUGAAUUACACAAACUCCUCUGGGACCAAAGAGAGAAAAGCCUUUGUGCAACCUGUAUAUAGUGUGUAAAUAUAGAGUGUGUAUUUUGUGUGUGUCAGGUAAAACAACAGCUUAAAACAAGAACUGUUUUGGGUUGGUGAGCUAAGCAACUUUACUGAAGCUUCCAGGGCGCACACAGAGAGAGCAAGAUUUAUAGAUUGAAGAUAGCACCCCACAUCACCAUAAGGUUCUUUUAAACUCUUAUUAUUCUGUGGGAAAGGUGCACAUAGCCAGUACACUUCCAUCCGUUCUGUGUUAAUGGGUACUCAUAACAUAUCAUGGUGUCUUCUGCUUAAGGUGGAACUAAUCACAACAUAGGACAUCUACUGCAUAUCCAUCCAUAUUGUCUAAAUAACACCUCUGUUGAGGGUGUGACCUUUAACAGCUGCAAAACCCAGCAUUUUGGAGCUUAAGAGAACAUGGAACUUAAUACAAUACAUUAAGCUGUUAGGUUUUUUGUUCACUGAACUGUCACUAUUCAAUGUCUUAUUGCCACAGAGGAAUUAUGGAAGGAAUUAUCCUCCAAAUCAGAAUGAUUCUUUGUGCAAAUUCAUAUGCUGCAAACAUCUUAUCAAAAUCCCUGCUCCUACCUUCUGGCUUUCUAUCAUAUCAUCCCCAACCCUUUAAAGCUUUAAACAGUCUUUGCUGAACUGGCUUCUUAAGUAAGGCUGUUGCUAUACUCAACUGAACCUAACCUCAAAAAUAAACUCUUCCUAAUCUCACUGAGCCAACGCUUCAUCCAGCACUGUCUUUUUCUUCCAGUUAUGCUUUACCUGAUCUGUACUGCAAGCACUCUAGAUAGGGACUGUGCCACUUGAUCUUUGAUACAGCAUCUUGCAUACAUUGCUAUUCACCAUGUAGCAGUCACUAGCAUUUGCGAUAGACUGAAUGUGAUCAUUACAAAAAAGAAAAAUAAUGCUUUGUUGUAAACUGCAGUAAGAAUGUUCCUCUUACAGAUGACUUGUUAUAAUAGUAUCCGUUGAAACACUGCUACAAGUUUCUACACCUGAAAUUCUUUGUUUCGUUCUUUAUAGUUCAACCAGGGAUAUUUUCAGCAACUGCAAAUAAGGAAUUGAAACAUUUGGAAGAAGCACUGGUGGUGUUCUGGCUGCAAGGCUUUCGUCCAAAGCCUUUAGAAAUAGUUUUUUUCUUAAAACUCCAAAGCAGGAAUGAAAAACUGAAACUGUGCUCUUGGAAUACUAUAACAGGCAGCAAUAUUGAACACGGAGAAGAUACACCUCUUAUCAUCACUGGAAAAGAAGAAGAAAGUUCUGAUCUUGACAAGACGUUGAAGACCAUGUUUACUUUUGAGCCAGCUUUGCAAGUAAAACAAAGGUGCACUUUUGACGUUUCCUGCAAAGUCAACAUAGUUCCAGAUGUAAAGCAUCUGGAGGAGUUUGAACUUAUACUUGAAGUUAGACAUGAGGCCUUUUCAGAUCGUUUGUCUACUGAAACAAUAUCAUUUAAAGUCAUAGGUAAGUAGGAAAGAUGGGCUGAAAUGAUCACUUAGAAUAAUACUACGUAUUUCACUGGCUAUUACAGUGGUACCUCGAGUUAAGUACUUACCGUAUUUCGUUCUGGAGGUCCAUUCUUAACCUGAACCUGUUCUUAACCUGAAGCACCACUUUAGCUAAUGGGGCCUCCUGCUGCCGCUGCACCGCCAGAGCACAAUUUCUGUUCUCAUCCUGAAGCAAAGUUCUUAACCUGAAGCACUAUUUCUGGGUUAGCGGAGUCUGUAACCUGAAGCGUAUGUAACCUGAAGCGUAUGUAACCUGAGGUACCACUGUAUAAGAAUUCUGUCAACAGAUGAAAGGUGAGAGAGCUGCAUGAAUGCAGUGGGAUACUUUCUGCUGCCAGUGAUGAUACACAAAGGGAAACAAUGCAGGAUUGUAGCUAAACUCUUUGAUCAGUCUACAAAAAGUGAAUGAUAAAAUGGGAAAGCAGCACAGGUGGCUUGUGUGGAGAUUAUUUCUCUUAAUCUCGUUCAGUUUGACUAGUUUCUUAUAACUUGUGAGCCCGUGCGAAGGGCGAAGUGAUGACCUUUAAAGCAUUUCAUGGUAUAAGGCCUGCACGGGAUUGUGUACUCCCUGCCUUCUUCAGAUCAGAAAUUCAUGUGGACAAAAGAAAGUCCAUACUUAUUAUCUUCUCCAGUUGCAUUCUACUUGCUAAUAAUAUCACUUUUUUGGUAUGUAUACAUUUAUUUAUUUAUUUAUUUAUUUAUUUAUUUAUUUACAGAAUGUACUCCCAAAGUCUCCAAAUUUGAAUGUGAGCCUCCUGUACCAGAGUGUGGGAAACUCAUCACAUUAUCUUGUUUAGUAGAAGAUUUCUGCCCACGGGAGUGUGACGUUUGUUGGCUAAGAGGCAAUAAUGAGCCUUUGGAUGCUAUAAGUAACACAGAGGAGCCACAACUGGACCCAGGAUCAAAUCUGUAUUGCAAGAAAAGCAGAGUAUCCUUUAUACCUCAACCAGAAGACCAUGCAGUAGACUUUAUUGUUCAAAUCAACCACUGUAAAAAAGUUAUAAGACAUAGUUACCCGCUCAUGUUAAAAGGUGAGUACUCAGCAAGUUCUUGUGCAAUGAACCACUACUUGUGCUUUCUGUCUAAAUAGUUUAUCUAAAACUGGAAAUACAUAAUGGAGUUGUUUCCUGUAUCUGUAUUUGUUGUGGGUCUUUGAUAACUUGUAUUGAAAGAGAUCACUUGUAUCUCUUUGUCAUUAGGUGAUGCUAUCGUGGGUUUGUCACAUGGAAAACAUGACUCAGAGAGUCCUUGCACAGAAGUGUCAAGUCCUUCAUAAAAUUAGUAUAGAAGUUUUUCUGGGUGAAAUCAGCAAAGCAAGUUCAUAGCUGAUAUGUGCAUCUUCGUAGGAAAAUUAUAGUGUCGGCUAGUGGCAAAUUGCAAACAUGACAAGCAUUAUAGUGCAGCCAAUUUAAAACAUGAAUCAAUGAGAAAUCGAAGCUCUCAUCUGUUUCAGUCCAGAAGGUCAAAGAUGGCACACUUUGUAUUCCAACCAGAAUAAAACACAGUUAUGUUUAAUCAUAUGCAUUUAAUAACAAAUAAUAUAUAUGUGGGUGUCAUAUAUGUUAGAAUAUGUUACAGACUGCCAAGGCUCUCCUGCCAUUAUAUGCAUACUCUUAUCAUUUCUCCAUAUACCGUAUUGUGUGGAUUUGAACUAAUUAAAUCUGCAAAGCUUUUAAUUUGUAGUUUUGUGAGAUUGCUCUGAUUUUACAAAAGAUCUGUCUCCCAGAGUUCAUUGGGAGAAGCCAUAACAUCUAAACUAGGCAAACUUGGUAGUUUUGACAAGACUGUGGUGUUAAUUGCUCAUUCUAUCCUCUAAUUUCAACCAGGGUUGUAGUGAGAGUGAAAGGAUAAGCAACUAAUUUUUCCAAACCUAACUCUUUUUGAGAGAGACUGUGUGUAUAUAUCCAUGUGUGUAUCCACUGAGGAUAGGAGUUCAUGCAUCAUAUGAAGUAGCCGGUAGUCCAUGAAAGUUUAUGCCAUGAUAUAUGUGUUAUAAAGUGACACUAGGCUAGCUUUUGCUGUAACAUACUAAUGUGACACCCCAUCUGCCAUUUAUCACUUCUGAUUUACUGUUUUGCAAUACCAGAUGUACUAGCAUUCUUUGAAUUUAAACUAAUAUUUUCAAUUGUUUGUUUUCUCUGCAUCUGCAUUUUUUAGGUUACCCCAAAGUUACAGAUAUUACGUGUGAACCAAAUUAUCCUAAAUAUGGAACUACAUUGUCUCUAACCUGUAAAGUCACAGAUUUCUUUCUUAGCAACAUAAAUAUUCAAUGGCUUGAUGGGGGUAUUGAAAUAAGUAAAGGUGUGGUCACAGAGGGGCCAGUCAAAGACUCAAAUGGCUGCUUGAAGUUGUCUUCUGAGCUCCAGCUGAUACCAACGGCUUUGGAUCAUAAUAAGUUCAUUAUUUUCAGUGUGACAUAUGGCGACCUGAAAAAGCCCAUUAUUAGAGAUGUGUAUCUAAAGCUCCCAGGUACGUACUGAGAGUCCUUUGGGUUCUUUCAACUUUUGGCAAAUGGCAAUUUGAGCUUGUUUAUUUAACAAAAUUUGUAAACCACUUAAUUUUAAACAUGUUGUUAAGUGAUUGUAAAAAUGUCUAAGUGGUUUGCAUAAAAUAAAAUGUAUAUUAAAUUGAGGAUCAAUGUAGUAUUAUGAUAUAAAGCAGUUCCCUUUGCAACAAGGGAGGUUUGACAUGUUAGUGUACUCUGAUAGGUGUACCGUAUAGCCAUGUCUCUACUAGCAGUCAUGUGUCCCUAAUAUCUGCCAGUUUUGUUUGUUUUUUGAAUGCUAUCCUUGCAACCCUGCUGAUCUGAAGUGUGAUUUAAACAAUGACACAUUUAAAUCCUUCAUAAAAUUCCUGUACUUUUUAGAGGAAAGUUAUAGAAUAGAUUCACAUUGGGGAAGGGCAGUAGAAUAUCCUAGGUUUAGCCCCUAGCAUUUCCAGGCAGGGCUGGAAAUAUCCCCUGCUUGAAACUGUGCAGAGCUGCUGGCAGACACUGUAAACAACACUGAACUAGAUGGAUUAAUGGACUGACUUGGUAUAAGGCAUAUUUUUAUGUUCCUGUUGUCUUGUAUUCUCACUUCAAGUACAUCCUUUCCUUUCCUCCCCAUUUAGUUCACCGCCCUGAGAUGUCUGAAAUAAAGGAAACGUCAAUGCAAAACAGUGAGAGCAUCUCUUUGGAAACUGUCAUAUCAGAUUUUGCACCUUGCAACAUAAAAGUGACAUGGUAUGAAGAAUGGGAAAAAAUAUCUGAAGACAAUCCCAGGAACAUUCAGAUUGGAGAAAACAAGUUAGGUUAUUUUGUAAGCAAAUUACAGUUUAGUCCAAAAGGAAGAGACUCCAAAAAGACAAUCAGAUGUGAAGUUUUUCACCAAGCGACACAGGAUUUUAAAGAAAAAAGCUUUGUGUGGGAAAGCAAAGGUAAGAACUUUUUUUUUAUGUUUUCAGUGCAGAAUGUACAGAAUUUAUGUAAGGGAUUCAGACAUGUCCCUUCAAAAAACACUGCUAAUGGGGGAAAAGGUGAUUCCUCUUCUCAAUUAAGCACUUCCGUUACUUAGGACUCAGCUACAUUAGUAAAAAAACAACAGUGUUUUAAAUGCAUUAUAAACAUGGAACACCAGGUGGCACUGUAGAGCACAAUACUUUUCUAUGUGUUUUACGUAGAGUUUUUUCUUUUGUUAUAACAAUUUAAUUUAUAAUUUAAUUAUAGCGUUUCCCCCCCUGUGUGUAGAUACACCCUCGGUCAUGGCUGAAAGAUGGCUUUGUAGUCUUUUGGGUAGCUUAUGAUUUUCUCAUAUUUAAUAAUAUUCUUCAGAAGACAAGUGUAUCUGGUUGUUAUGUCAACAUAAUGCUCUUACAACACACCUGGUUUUAGAAAUUUUGUCUUGAAUUCAUCAGAGAACUAGAUUUUGAAUUUUUCCCAUGAAUAUUGCUCUGACUGUAUCUCUCCCCACUACAACCCCCCAAAUGCUACCCUUGGAAGGCAGUUGGCUAAUUGCAGUUGAAAGCGUGUUGAUUCAGUUGAGUAGCAUUUUUGCUGUAAGUAUUUCUGUUACGUGACAUGAUGCCUGCCCAAGGCCUAAUAUGUUAUUUCUUCUUUUAAACAAGGUUACUUUGAUAGCCGUGAAGGAGUGUCUACUUUACCAGUGAACAAAAACCACAUUGGUUUAAGUGAGUAUUGCACCUCACGUGUAGGUAAAAUGCAGGUACAUGACACAUUGACUCAGUGGUUUCAUAUCCUGGUUUGUAGUCCCAGUUAAAAUCAGAAAACUGUUUAGAUGUUUCUUGGAGGAGGCAGUGGGAGAAGAGAGCACUUGGACAAUCUUUGUUGUUGUUUAGUCGUUUAGUCGUGUCCGACUCUUCGUGACCCCAUGGACCAGAGCACGCCAGGCACUCCUAUCUUCCACUGCCUCCCACAGCUUGGUCAGACUCAUGUUUGUGGCUUUGAGAACACUGUCCAACCUUGGACAGUCUUUACUCUGCCUUAUAAACCAUUAUUUAUUAAAGUGAGAUCAUUACAUCUCAACCAGACCAUUAAGUUACACUAAACGUGCACAUUAUUUUCAUAAGGGAUGAUCUGAAAGAUCAGCUUAGUCCAUUCUGUGAAACUUGUACGCAGGGAUCUGCAAACUUUCUUCUGGCAUAAAAGCCUGCCACUGUUUGUGGCCACAGUGACCACUCCUCUCAGCCCUCUGAAAUGUACAAGGAAACAGGAAAGGGUGCAAAGGAGUUCCUCAUGUCAUGCUUCUAUUUACGCCAUUCCUAUUCUGCUUAAUGUAUGACAAUAUAUUUAUAUACCACUGGAUAGUUUUUAAAAAUCAUAAAAAGAAUAAAACAAUAACAGGUUUGACAAAACAACUCUGUGAAACAUUAGUUUUAAAACAAGUAGUUUAUGGAUUUAUAUGCCACCAUUAAUAUCUUAAUAACUGAGUCUCUAACAACCGAUAAAAGAUACUGAAGACAUAUGAAAUACAUUCAUAUAUGCUUAACUGAACAGAUGAAUGUCCAUCCAGACAAAACUACAGAUUGGGGCUUGAAGAUAAAACUGUAACCUUGUAUUUAUUUAGGGACCUGACAUCCCAAAUACUAAGAGUUUUAAUAUCCUGACUUGGCAUAACUGCCCUCUUUCCAGCUAUCCUUUUAACUAGGUGUUUAUUCUCUCCAUCUCAUUUGCCCUUGCUCUCCUGUCCUGGUUCAGUUCUUCAUCUUCCAUCCUCAACAGAUUCUCAACAGCUGUCACUUACUUUGACUCCAGCCAGCAAUCCAUUACACUCCACUGCUGUCAGUCAUUCUUACAACCACUCUAGUUCUCCAGUGCCUUGCUAUUCCUUUUUAUUCCUCUGUCCUUAAUUGCCAAUGUCUUGAAUGUACCUUCCAUUCACAGCACUAAGCAGCGGCUGGGUAGGGAACAGACAUAAUGCAAUGUGAACAGAAAGUUCAAAUUAUCUGACUUGAGGAAAAUAUGCAAAGGAUUGGAAACUGAACAUCACAAUCAGGGAUGCUUAAUGUUAGCGAGAUGCCUCUUCCAGGUAUGUACUUCAAGAGCAGUUUCCUAUUCAAUUUCCUAUUCCCUCUCUCUAGAUUCUAAGUUACCAACUCAGCCUAUGAAGAUAGAAUGUGUCACCAGCAACCCAAAGGCAGGCGAGGUGACUCUUCGCUGUUUUGUACCUGGAAUAAGAGCAGAGGAAGCCAUUGUUUCCUGGUUUAACGGAGUAUAUCCAGUUGAUGAUAAAAUACAGAAUGAAAACUGUGGCGAUGGAUCUGGUUUUAUUUCGUAUGUGAACAUUACAACCGAAAAAGAUAAGAAAAAAUAUGAAAUCGAAUGUGCAGUUUAUGUAGAUGCAAAUGAUAAAACCUUGUAUAAAACCUUUGAUUUAGAACUUUGA